AAGGAAGAAGGAAGAGUAAAAGGAAGUGGAACUUCCGCGAAGCAGUGGCUCCUUCUGCUUUAGCCUUUUACAGCCUCCUGCUGCUCUCCUGCCACUAUUAGCUCCCUUGUCCCCAGGAUUCUGACGGCUCGAGCAGCUGCUAUCCUGACAUCCAGGAGGCCACACUGAGGUUCCACUGAGGCACUGUUGUCCGGAAGUGACUCUGCAAUGGAUCAGGACAAUCGACAGACCAGCUUGCUGCUGUACAACUUCCUACAGUGUUCCAGUAACGACGUUUUCCAGACAGAGCUGAAGGAGCUGGGCAACGAGCUGACCAGGGUGGUCUUACAGGGCGGUCGUUUGGAGGACGACUAUGAGCUGCAGACAGAUGGCAAUCGGUGCUAUUUUCAGAUGCGCGAAGAAGGGGAGUUAGAUUCAGAAGGCCAAGAGGAGAUUAUCCGGAACAUAGCAAUAAAGCUUGCUCAGAUUGGGGACGAGAUGGAAGAUAGCAUCCAGCCCAAUGUGGUGAAUGACCUGAUCUCGUGGCUCAGGAAUGUGAAUCUGCCAACUGAGGAAAAGAGAAGACACCUGGCUGCUACUAUGGACAAAGUGAUGCAGACACAGACAAUUUCUCAGGACCUUGGGCAAGAGAAGGCUAAACUAUUGCUAACAAUGCUGUUGGCUAAAAAAGUUAUGACCCAUGCCCCAUCCUUGUUGCGAAGCAUCUUUUACAUCACUGUAGAUUACAUUAACCAGAACCUCCUUACCUACACAAGGAACUUAACUCAUGACAUGGACUGAAUGGAGUAUCUUGCAAAGGCCAUUUACCCAAACAUUUGGACUAUUUAAAACCUGCUUUUGAGAAAGCAGUCCAGUGUCUGAUGGAAUAGGCAGAACAAAUAUUUUUAGAUGUUAUGUUUUAAGAAUAAAGACAUGAUAAAUAUAGACAAGAUGCUGGAUUAUUUGUUUUCCUGGACAUUUAAAAAAGGAAAUAGGACUUUUAAUUGGUGAUUUAGUGGAGAACAGAAAUGAUUCUCUUCUCCUGUUCCUCUCUGUUACAGUGCUAAGUCACCUGUUCUGCAUUCAUGACUUUGGCUUUUGAGCCAAAGGUGUAUCAUUCAUUUCUUGACAUACGGUAGGUAGUACACGAGUGUCAGAUGCAGGGGGGCCACACUGGGGCACUCCCCAGUGUGGCCCAAACUAGAUUAAAAUGUAAUUGGGAAACAUUUAAAUAACAAUUUGUACUUGAGUUUGACACUACUGGCAGUUAUAAAUAUCUAUGGAAAGAAAGUAUUGAUAAAGUUCCAGUGCUAAAUUUCUGCUUUAUACUUGAAAUUUUAUUUGAUGACUUGAAGACAAUUUUUUGUUAAGACUUUAUAUAACUUAAUCAUGUUUCAGUUUUGUUGAUAAUUUUUGUAAUUGGAAAUAAAAUUUUAAAUUGGUUAUCAAUGUGUGUGAAAACCAUGGUUAAGAAAGCAACAUAAGAAAGCUGGAGAUAACUGGCCUUAAAAGACACAUGUACUAGAUGGAUAGGAGUUCACACUCUAAUUAAAAUUGUUUUAAACUAAUUUAAAAACCUUCAUGAAAUAACUCACCACUCUGUGCUGAAAACUGACAUGACCAAAAUGGUACAAGUGACUAGUUUCCUGAGUCAAUAAACCAUUAAAAUAUGUAAUUAGAAUAAGGAAAACAUGUGCACACUUUAAAAAAGAAUUUUAUUGUUUCUUAAAGUGCAACCUUAGGGUAUGGUCUUACAGCAAGCAGUGUUCCAUCUAAAGGAAAGAAAAGAUUGGAGAAAGCUUGUACAUACCCCUUAGAAACUAAAUAUAUUCCACUAGGGAUGGAGAACACUUCUUAACACUGAAGAAGUAUCUUUCCUGUUUAAAAAACCAAAUGGCACAAAAGGUUUUUUGCACUUUAAAGUGCUGCACUCCAACAAUGGAUUAGGCCACAGGUGCA